CAUCCCCUCCACCUCUUCUUCAUUCUUCAUCUCACAAUCCCAUCCUCCUCUCCGCCAUCACCCAGAACACCGUACUUCUUCCUUCCUUCCUCGUCAAGACAAAAUAAAAAAUCAUUAGAAUCUAAUACCAUCAAUUGAUAUUCAGGAACAGGGCUGCACUUGCUGUAUCGCAUACCCCUCCUCGCCAACCAUGUCCUUCAACCAGAAGCCUGCCUCGACGUCCACAUCGUCCUCCUUCGCCGUCAACGUUAACCCUCGACGUCAGAGCUCAUACGGACACAUCAUGGCCGGAACCGGUGGACUACCCUCCACCCACACUGCCGCCAUCAAGUCAUCAAUCGCUGCCGCGGCUUCUGCAUCCGCAUCUGCGAACAGCGGUCACCCCAACUCUCCACCGAAUCAUACUAACAGCACCAAGCGUCUGAGUGGACUACACCUCCUCAAUCCACUGCAGCAUUCCCAGCACAGGAAUCAAUCCCUCAAGGCCCGAGUCUCAAGGAUAUGUCCCACCCUAAUCCACGGAUCGCCGCGCAGGAAACGCAGCAUGCUGAUCAUGCUCUGUACCGGAGGGAUCGUCAUUUUGAUCUAUUUCUUAUCUGCCUGGGACAUCAGGAUCUCCUCCCCCUCCUCCUCCACCUUCAGUCAAUUGUCUUCAUCAGCGUCACAGCUUCAGCAACGCUCCAGCAACAUCGACAGCAACAACAACAACGAUAAAAAAAUUAUCGCGCCAAAAGAACCGGUCGUAUACAAAAACCCAGACGGCUCAGAGAUGGAUCCUAGAUCCGUUUUCAUGAUUCGGGAUUUCGACGCACCCGUGUGCCAGCAGGCCUUUGCUGAAGGCGAACACGCCUUGCCGAAGGAGAUCAAACUGGAACGGGAGCGAGUCCGCAUCGAGGACUGGAAACAGAUUACAAGAGAAAACGCCUGGACAUUGUCUCUCGCCUGGAAGAGGUCGCUCAAGCAGAUUCUUCCCAACUGGAAAGAAUACAGCCCAGGAUGGAUUGGUCAAGGUAUCGUGUUAAGCGCGUUCCCCGACGGCGAUGGCAAGGACACGGUUUCGAACACGCUGGUCCAAAUCGGACUGAUCCGAAGCAUCUCCUCAAUCCCGAUCGAAGUUUGGUUCGAGCGAGCAGACGAUGUAUCGGAGGAGCUGCACGAGAUGAUCGCGUCCUGGGGUGCGGUCGUCAGGUCUUUGAACGAGGAUACUUCAACGGUGAGCGACGCUUUUGUGCAGUCAUCAGACAGCGACGAUCUUGCCUCAGGGGCGACGAACACACCUAUCAGCAGCUUGAAUAUCCAAGGGUUCAAAUCGAGGGUUGGCAGGAACCCGGGCCUGCUACAGAAGGCCAUGACGGUCGCAGCGCUCAUCAACUCUGGAUUCGAGGAUAUUAUUUAUUUUUCACCCUCGACCCUUCCGAUGCAGUCCCCAAGGAUCGUAUUCCAGCACCCUGAUUACAUUCGGACAGGCGCCGUGUUCUGGCAACACCCCUCCGCCGUACCAGCACACGACAAUCCUAUCUGGCCCAUCAUUCAGUCCGACUGCGAACCUACCUCGUAUGAGCAAUCCUGGAGCGCGUUCGCUCUCAGACAUAAGGACUCAUGGAAGAGUCUUUUCUUGGCCUGGCACUGGCUCACCGGAUCCGAUCAUGCCACCUACGAAAAACUCUUUGGCCAGCAAGGUAAUGACCUCCUUCGUCUCGCGUGGAUGGCCGUCAGAAGACCCUAUAAGAUUGUCGACAGGAUGCCUCAAGCUGGCCUUUUGGACCUGUCCCGAUCCAAGGGUGACGGCGUUGGCUGUAACCUCGGAUCGAGUCUAUACCCAGCUCUCGGAGCCGAUGUCUUGGCGGACCCUGGUAAAUAUGCGCAGGACCAGAAUCGCCAGAACCGUCUGUUCCAGCAGCGCUACCGAUAUGGCAGCCAUGACGAAUUUUUCAUCGAGAAUCGUAACGUGAUGAUGGUCGACACUAGUCUGGAUAGCUCACUGGUCCAUGCAGGAUCGAACGAUCAGCAUAUCCACCAGGCCCUGAAGGACGCGCUGGGCGCGCACAGGGACCCAACACGGCUGGUAUUCACCGAUAUUUAUGCUGCGGGAGCACACGGACGCGUGUGUUUGAGGAUCACCCGUAAAUUGAAGGGUCACCAGCAUGAGUAAGAGCACUCGGAUGAGGCACAACAACAUGUAAGCAAUAAAGGAUCAGCGUUUAUCGAUAAAUACAGAGGACAUUUUGAAUAAUAAUAAUAGUAAUAGUAGUAAUAGUACACGAGAAUGGUAGCAUAUACGUCUAUGUUGACCGAAACCGGCGCCGUUUGUGGGAGAUGCAAAUAGUCGGUAUAGAAGCAGCAGCAACUCUCCCCCCCACGAGUGCAGCGCUCGUGAAUGAAAUUAAUUUCCUGAAGAACUCAAACGAAAGGUAGGUACGCUCGACAAUGUGGACACUCGAGUUUGAUCCGCAUCC